AUGGCUGAAUUACGAUAUGAUGGUCAGACCGUAGUUGUCACGGGAUCCGGAGGCGGACUGGGUCGAGCGUAUGCCCUCUUCUUCGCCUCGCGAGGAGCCAAUCUGGUUGUCAAUGACUUGGGAGGUAGCUUCAAGGGCGAGGGUGGUGGGUCGGCGGCCGCCGACAAGGUCGUCGAAGAGAUCCGAUCAGCUGGAGGCAAGGCCGUCGCCAACUACGACUCUGUAGAGAAUGGCGAUGCCAUCAUCCAAACCGCCAUCCAGAACUUUGGCCGCAUCGAUGUCCUCAUCAACAACGCCGGUAUCCUCCGGGAUAUCAGCUUCAAGAACAUGAAGGACCAGGAUUGGGAUCUGAUCAUGAAGGUCCAUGUCAUUGGUGCAUACAAAUGUGCUCGUGCUGCAUGGCCUCAUUUCAGGAAACAGAAGUAUGGACGGGUGAUCAACACUGCUUCCGCAGCAGGCCUCUUCGGGAGCUUCGGUCAAUGUAACUAUUCGGCUGCGAAGCUCAGUCAGAUUGGAUUUACGGAGACUCUUGCGAAGGAGGGCUUGAAGUACAACAUCAUCUGCAACGUUAUUGCGCCAAUCGCCGCUAGCCGGAUGACUGCUACGGUUAUGCCCCCGGAUGUGCUAGAUCUGCUCAAGCCAGAGUGGGUGGUACCACUUGUCGCCGUCCUUGUGCACAAGUCGAACAGCUCAGAGACUGGCUCAAUCUUCGAGGUUGGCGGUGGUCAUGUAGCCAAGCUCCGAUGGGAGAGAGCGAAAGGCGCACUGCUCAAGGCCGACGAUAGCUUCACACCAGGCGCUUUGCUGAAGAAGUGGGAUGGUGUCAGCGACUUCUCCGAGCCCAGCUAUCCCACUGGACCAGCGAACUUCAUGGAGUUACUGGAGGACGCCCAAAAGCUACCACCAAACCCACCUUCAGAGAAGAUCGACUACAACGGCAAGGUCGCACUUGUGACCGGAGGAGGAGCUGGGCUUGGGAGGAUCUACUGUUUACAAUUCGCGAAAUACGGUGCAAAGGUCGUGGUCAACGAUCUCAUGAAUCCCGACAAUGUUGUAUCUGAAAUUCAGAAGCUCGGCGGGCAAGCAGUCGGUGUCAAGGCCAGUGCUGAGGACGGAGAUGCGGUCGUCAAGGCUGCCAUCGAUGCGUACGGGCGUAUCGACAUCAUCGUCAAUAAUGCUGGCAUCUUACGAGACAAGGCGUUUGCCAACAUGGACGACAAGAUGUUCCAGCAAGUGCUGGACGUGCAUCUCCGAGGCACCUACAAGGUCAGCAAAGCCGCUUGGCCAUACAUGCUCAAGCAGAAGUACGGACGCAUCGUCAACACAACCUCCACCUCCGGCAUCUACGGUAACUUCGGCCAGGCCAACUACGCUGUGGCUAAGUGUGGUAUCCUCGGCUUCUCCCGUGCGCUGGCACGAGAAGGUGCGAAGUACAACAUCAAGGUCAACACGAUCGCACCGAAUGCCGGCACGAACAUGACCAGGUCGAUCAUGCCCGAGGAGAUGGUGCAAGCUUUCAAGCCAGAUUACGUAGCUCCAGCUGUCCUGCUUUUGUGCUCAGACAAAGUACCUGAACCAGCUACUGGUCGUCUAUUCGAAAUCGGCUCUGGCUGGGUUGCUGAGACCAGGUGGCAACGAACAGGCGGUGCACAGUUCCCCAUCGAUGUUCAGCUCACGCCCGAGGAGGUUCAAAAGAACUGGCAAAAGAUUCUCAACUUCGACGAUGGUCGUGCUGAUCAUCCCGAGGACCCUGCUGCCGGAACUGAAAAGAUCAUGGCAAAUAUGGAGAACAAGGUCAACGCUCAGGCUAACAACUCUUAUGGCGGACCUGAGAAAUCUGGCAACGAGCAUUUGGCAAACAUCGAGAAGGCUAAGAAGGCGAAGGCGGAGGGCACAGAUUUCGCUUAUGAUGAGCGGGACGUCAUUCUUUACAACAUCGGCGUUGGUGCCAAGCGAACAGAUCUACCUCUCGUCUUCGAGAACGACGACAAGUUCCAAGUCCUGCCAACGUUCGGUGUCAUCCCGACAUUCAACGCGGUCGCACCUUUCAGCAUGAGCGAGCUAGUACCGAACUUCUCACCCAUGAUGCUUCUGCAUGGUGAGCAAUACCUUGAGAUUCGCUCGUUCCCUAUCCCCACCGAGGCCGUCACCACUUCAUACCCCAAGCUUGUCGAGGUGGUCGACAAGGGCAACGCCGGCAUCAUUGUGACAGGCUCCACGACCGUCGACAAGAAGAGCGGGAAAGAGCUCUUCUACAACGAGUCCACCGUCUUCAUUCGUGGUGCUGGUGGCUUCAACGGUCCCAAGAAAGGCACAGAUCGUGGUGCGGCGACACGCGUGUACAAGGCACCAUCCCGUGCACCUGACGCUGUGGUCGAGGAGAAGACGACAGAAGACCAGGCCGCGAUCUACCGACUCUCCGGUGACAGGAAUCCUCUGCACAUCGACCCCGAAUUCAGCAAAGUGGGUGGCUUCAAGACACCUAUCUUACAUGGGCUAUGCUUCUUCGGCUUCGCUGGUAAGGCUGUGCUGAAUACCUACGGUCCAUAUCGCAACAUCAAGGUACGGUUUGCAGGUGUGGUAUUGCCUGGCCAGACUCUGAUCACGGAGAUGUGGAAGGAGGGUAACACUGUCAUCUUCCAGACGAAGGUCAAGGACACAGGUAAGCUGUGCAUCGCUGGCGCAGGUGCGGAGUUGAUGGAUGGUGGUAAGAGCAAACUGUAG